AUGAGAAGCCAACAGAAAAGUAACACUGUCAGAAAGAGAGGCCAUCUUUCCAAGAAGACCCUUAAUACAAGCAAAUUUGGAGGGAAAGGAGCAAGAAAGAAGGGACUUACAGAAGAAGAUGUCCUCGACAUGAAAAUGCUGAACACUUUUGUUAACAAUACAGAUGAUUUCUUCUCAUAUGAUCCUUCAAACCUUCAGAACAAUUCAGAUGUAGACGAGGAACGCCCAAAGAAAAGUAAGAACACAGAGGAUGAUUUCAUGGGUGAAAGAUCUAAAAAACUUGAUUCCAACAAAGAAGAUGAGUAUUAUCUAUGUAACAAAGUUAUCAAGAACCUUCAGAACUCCAUUAAGAGUAGCAAAUCUGAAUUCAGUGCCAAAGAGUCUACAAAAUAUAGAACUGGUCUUCUCUAUGCCCUGGAAGAAUUUUACAAGCCAGAGAAACAAGAAUCUGAUAAUGAUAUGGAGGUUGAUCAAGAUGAAACCAAAACUGCAAUCAAAGUUGAUGAUUCUCAAGAUGACUCCUCCAAGAAAGAUAUUAAUACCGAAACCUUGAAGGUGAGAGCUCUCUUCUCUAGCAGAAUAGUAAAAUCUCACGUAAUGCAAUGUGAAAUUCUAGGUGGAUUAGGUACCUUCGGUGAGAAGCUCAAAGGGACGAAAAUUAUCGUUCUUUUCCCAAUAGAUUUCGAUAAAUCCAUCUACAAAACAGAUGCUAAAUAUCACUUAAUAGAUCCUGUUCCUCUGAGUGAGAAAUUGGCUCAGUCACAGCUCAAGAAUCUUUUCUGAUGCAGAAAGAUAAUCCUUGGUGAGAUUAAACAAGAAGUUGAGGAUAAAGAUAAUUAAUUUCAUGUAAAAUUGCACUAUA